AUGGCUGCCUACAACGCUGAAGACCGUGUCCGCUGGGAGCAGUACGCCGACGCAUUUCGCACCUGGCUCGCGAAGAGGGGACCGUACCCGGGCAACCCGCCCGAGGGGUACGUCGACGUCUACAAAGUCUCGCAGCGCUAUGCACCGUGCCCGCAUGAGUAUGCUGAGCUCGUUGCCGCUGAGCACCAGCCCGCGCCGAGUAUCCCGGGUGUCACAAUGACCGCGGACGCGUUCAACGCGUUCCUGUGCCAUGCGUCGACCGUCAACUCCCAGAUCGCCGGCCUUGUGCAGCAGGCAAGCACGUCGACAUCUCAAUGGGACCGUCGUCCAACCGGAGGUGCCCCGCGCUACGAGCGCGCGAACCAAGGCGGUUUUCGACGCGGCCGUGGCAGGGGUCGGGCGCGUGCGCACGCCUACAACGGGCCACUCACCGAUCGUAUUGGUGAGCCGUGUCCUGCACGUCACGGCCAUCCCACUCGUCGUGGCCGGCGCGGGCGCCGUGAAUACACCGAGGAGCUUGAGGACCGCGAGCCUGAGGACCGCGAGGACCGCGGAGAGCGUGAGGAAGACGCCACACCCGAACCCCAGAGUGAGUCAAUGAUCGACCGCCUUUUGAGUGCGAUUGUUGACGCAUUGGGGGAUGUUUGCCUGGCAGAUGGGCAGUACGACGACGACGCUGUCCAGCAGCAGCAGGGCGGUGGCGGAGGGCAGGUGUACCUCUCUGAUGUUGAUGCAGAGGGGGAGGACGAUGAUGAGCAGGCAGCUCCUAUGGCGGUGGACCACAAGGACGAUAGCGGCUUCGUGAACCUAAGCUGA